AUGGCACAAUCCAAUGGAGGUGAGAAUCUUUUUAGGGCAAUAUGUAAUGCCACAGCCGACGCUGAAGAUCACGACCAUAUCACUCCCACAUCGAAAGCACUGAUGCAGGCCGUCCAUCUCGAUGGCUAUAUUAAGUCACUGGAUGAGGUGAAGGCAGUUGACGUUCCUCGGCCGAACUUCGAGUCGUAUCUGGCACUCCUGAAACAAAUUCAGCGGCCUGUACCUAAGGAGCCAUUGGUUCAUGUCCGGAUCACCCACACAGCCAUCAACCACGUGGAUCUUCUGUAUGCCCAUGGUGUUCAUCAAAACAACAAAUCGGGAUUAUUCGUGCCUCCUUUCACUUUGGGCCUGGAAUUCAGUGGCGUCGUUCUGCAAGUGCAUGCUGUUAAUGGUCAGAAACCAACUUUCAAACCCGGCGACAAGGUCUGGGGAGGUUCGGUAGGCACUCAUGCCGAAGAGAUCAUAGUCCCAGCGUCAGCUAUACACCAUCUCCCCAACCCGACAUGGUCCCUGCACGAUAUUGCUGCCAUAGGAGCAGGCACUCUACCGGUGUCUUAUGGAGCAUUGACAACGAUUGCUGGACUUUCAGCUGGAGAAGUCAUUCUCGUACAUGCAGCCGCUGGUGGCCUCGGAGUGUAUGCCGUUCAGAUUGCUCGAGCAUUAGGCGCGAAGGUAAUUGGCACAGUAGGGUCACAACACAAAGCGGCUGUCGUGGAAAGUCUUCUCCGCGACCCAAAUACAGGGAAAAUUCCUGCUGGCGAAGGUGUAGUCAAUUACAGCAAAGGUGGUUGGGAGAACGAAGUAUUGGCGCUUUGUAAGCAAAUUGGCAAGGAUGGAAUUGACGUGGUUUACGACACCGUCGGACUUGUACAGAAAUCAAUUCGGUGCACAACGUUCAAUGGCCGAAUUGUCGUCGCAGGGUUCGCGGGCAGAACAGGAACAGGGGCCGAGAAGGUCCAAGCACUCGAGCAGCUUGCAGUGAAUCGAAUUCUAUUAAAGCAGAUCAAGCUUCUCGGCUACAGAUAUGGCGAAACAAACAGGAGAAUGCCUCAAGAGACUGUCAAGAUGUGGCGAGGUCUGAACGAGAUGCUAAUUCAUGAGCCGAGACUCGUACAUCCGGUGGUAUAUAAGACCUACAAGGGUCUCAGCCAUAUCAACGAAGGAAUGCAAGCACUGCGCCAUCGUGAAGUCUAUGGCAAGGCCGUGAUCGAAGUCUGCACGGAAGAAUUGGCAUUGAAACAAGCACAGCAAGUUAACAACCAGCAGCAAGCUUCAGCUGUCUCGAAGCUUUAA